AUGCGUUGGAAUCAAGCGAGUCUUCUACUCCUUGGCUGUGCCAUGGCUGAGGAUGUCGGCGUUGGGAAGCGCGACAGUUGCCCUCAGAUACAUGUCUUUGGAGCCCGGGAGACCACGGCAGCUGCCGGUUAUGGCUCUUCUAGCACCGUUGUCAACCUCGUUCUGAAUGCCUAUUCCGGGUCUACCUCGGAGGCAAUCGACUAUCCUGCCUGUGGAGGCCAGUCCUCUUGUGGUGGUGUUAGCUAUUCAGACUCUGUGGUUGCUGGUGUCAAAGCGGCGGCCUCCGCUGUCAAUUCAUUCAAUUCGAAGUGUCCCAGCACAGAGCUAGUUCUGGUCGGAUACUCCCAGGGCGGCGAAAUCUUCGACGCCGCACUGUGCGGUGGUGGCAUCCCCAACCAGGGCUAUACGGAUACCUCCGUCGUUCUGUCCUCGUCCGCCGUCAGCAUGGUCAAGGCAGCGAUCUUUAUGGGUGAUCCUAUGUAUGAGACUGGGCUACCAUAUGAUGUCGGUUCUUGUACCGCGGGAGGAUUUGACGCACGGCCUUCCGGUUUUAGCUGCCCAUCUGCCAGCAAGAUUCAAUCUUAUUGUGAUGCAUCUGACCCGUAUUGCUGCAAUGGUAGCGACGAUGCCACUCACAACGGCUAUGGGGCUGAAUACGGCCAAGAUGCAUUCAAGUUUAUUGAGAGCGCCCUCGGAUCCAGCUCCGGGAAAUAG